CUUUUAAGGAUUAGCGUCUGUUUUAAGUAAAUGUCGGAUGUAAAGAGCUAACAUCAUCGUCAGUGUCCAGCGAGAAGAACCCGAGGGUGUGCUGAUGUUCUAGGAGGAAAUUCGUCGUCAUGAAGCCCACUGACGAGGAUGGUGUCGUUGAGUUGCUGUCCGUGUUGGUGGAGGACGUCAGCGAGGCCGCCAGCAGAAACGCGAUUGGUGCUCAUCUUCUUCAAGAAUUCCUGAGCGCUCCGUGGCUGCGUGCCCUGCUGCAGAUUUACGAGUGCCUGUUGACUUUCAAGAGACUCUGGCCCUGCCCCGUCCUGCCUCACGCCUCGGGACUCUCACGCGAGGUCCAGGGCGUGCUGCACACGGUCCAGACUCCUUCCGUGGAGGCCACAGAGCUUCAGAUCCUCCUCAGCUCUCCACAUAUGAAGGCCCUGUUGUCCUGCCACGACGCCGUCGCUCAGGCGGACUUUGGACCUGUCUUGGCACCGCUACCCGACGUGCUGCCCGAAGAUGAGGAGGCCGUCAGGAUUGUUCGUUUGGUGAAGAAGGAACAAACUCUGGUCAGAACAAAUCGGGAAAAUCUGAGUGGAGAACAACAUACCCAUUUGUCCUCAAUGUGUGUGUAUGGGGGGGUGCCCGUGCAUGCUUGCAUUCAUGUGUUUCAGGGGGCCACCAUAAGGAAGGACAAGGAGACAGGAGAGAUCUUUAUCGCCAGGGUGAUUCCUGGAGGACUUGCGGACCGCAGCGGUCUUCUCUAUCCUGGAGAUCUUCUGGUGGAGGUGGACGGGAAGCCACUAGUGGGCUUGGAACCCGAGCAGGUCAUCCAGAUUCUGAUGAGGUCUGAGGGCACCAUCCUGUUUAAGGUUGUUCCAAACGGAUCCCAACUGAGCAGCACCAACAAACCAGUCUACAUGAGGGCAAUGGUGGACUAUUGCCCCCUGCAGGACUUGGCCAUACCCUGCCCCGAUGUGGGGCUGGUCUUCAGUAAGGGGGAUGUGCUGGAGGUCUUGGACCAGUCAGAUGGGCGCUGGUGGAAGGCCAGGAAAAUGAGCAGCUCGGCCUCCUGCACUGGAUUGAUUCCAUCCCCUGCCACGUUGAAGAGUAAGCAGAGUGAGCCGAGGGAGGGUAAGGAGCGUACGGAUAACAUCAAGUACGACGAGUGUGGCAGCGGCGGAGGCGGCAGAGCACAGGAGGAACCUCAAGACAAAGUCACUUCAGAGGCAGAAUUAUUCGAUAUUCCUGAUGGUCUCUACCUCACUGGUUUCCGUCGUAGUUUCUGUCUGUUGAGGAGGUCGAUGUCCAAGAGGCGGCGUCAGUCCUGCACCAGCAUCAGCGCCUCCUGCAGCACGUUGGCCACGCCCUACGAGGAAGUGGUGCACUACCGACGACCCCCGCAGGACCGCCACCGCCUCGUCAUCCUCGUAGGCGCAUCAGGCGUGGGGGUCAACGAACUGAGGCAGACCCUCAUCCAAGUCAAGCCAGACACCUUCCACGGACCUGUACCACACACUACCCGACCAAUCAGAGCGUGGGAGCAGACAGGCAGGGAGUAUCACUUUGUCACCAAAGAGCUCUUUGACUACAUGCUGUGCAGUCACAGGUUUGUGGAAUAUGGCGAGUUUGAGGGCCACAAGUACGGGACCAGCAUUGAUGCCAUCAAUGAGGCCAUCAAACUGGGACGUGUGUGCAUCAUUGACAUCGAACCACAGAAUAUUCCUCCUCUGAGGACCAGGAAGUAUAAGCCGUACGUGAUCUUCAUCAAAGCUCCCAGCUUGGAAAAACUCGCACAAACUACAGAGAACGCCAGCAUCGUUUGCACUUACCAACACAACAGAAACUUCCCCAAGGAGGACAUUAAUGAUCUGAUGGCGACAUCUCGGCAGAUGGAGCUGAAGUACAAACAUUUGUUUGACGAAGUGCUAGUCAACGAGCAGCUAAACGACACUUGUGCUAAGCUAUACGUCGCCGUCCAGCGGGCCCAGGAGGGCGCUAACUGGAUACCUGUCAGCUGGACCCGAACCCAGGACUAGUUGGUCGCUAAACAUGAACUAGCCCAGGGGUCUGCAACCUGGGGCUCCAGAGCCACGUGUGGCUCUUUCAUCCUUCUGCUGUGGCUGUCUGUUUCUUAAAAAUAAAGAAUGUGUAUUUAAUUUUAAUUUGUUUUUAUUUUAGUUAGUUCAUUUUUUCAAAUGUAACUCUAAAUGUUAAGAUUAUGGUGCGCUUGUUAACAUUCAAAAUAAAGCGUUAGUUUUUUUUGUUGCUCAAAAUAUGCGUGACAAAUAGAGUUUACACAUAUACUGUAUAUACAGUGGUGCCUUGAGAUACGAGCAGAAGUGGGUAGAGUAGCCAAAUAUUGUACUCAAGCAAGAGUACUGUUACUCUAAUGUGACUCAAGU